GACAAUGACAGUAGGUAUGCAGACUCUUUGGUAUGCAGUGUUGUAUCUUUGUAGUUUAACUUCGGAAUUGUUUUAUUUCGCGUUUUUCAUAUAGUUUCUCGUCAGUACGCGUAUCUACCUACCUACGAAGAUUAUAAUAUUAGCUUACAUUUUUACAGAGUACGAUAAAACCAUUAUUAUUUUUUUUACGAUACAUAUAAUUGCAAUAAAAAAAUGUCUAGCAAGAAAAACAUUGAAGAUGUGGAUCUCUAUGCAAUACUUGAUCUUCAAAUUACCGCGACUGAAUCAGAGAUUAAAAAGGCUUACCGCAAGAAAGCUUUGCAAUGCCAUCCAGACAAAAACCCAGAUGAUCCUAAAGCUGCUGAAACUUUCCAUGAACUAUCUCGUGCUUUAGAAAUAUUGACUGACAAAUCAGCUAGGGAGGCUUACGAUAAAGUACUAAGAGCUAAAGCUGCAGCAAAGUUGAGACAUCAGCAAUUGGACAGCAAAAGGCAGAAACUGAAAGAGGAUUUGGAACGGAGAGAAAGAGAGGCAUCUUCGGGUAGUGGAGCAAAUAAUUUGACAGAUGAACAGAAAUUAGCUGCAGAAAUUGAAAGACUUCAGCGAGAAGGAAGCCGUCUCUUGCUAGAAGAGCAACAGAAGAUGAAAGAAGAAAUUCAAAGAACAAUGGGACGGCUCAGUGAGCCUGUGUGGGAUUCUAGUUUAAAUAGAAUUAAGAUAAAAUGGAAAGCUGAAAAGAAUGAUCUGACCAAUGGAGGUUAUGAUGAAGUAGUAUUGAGAAGAUGCUUGAAAAAAUAUGGCAAUAUCGUUGCUCUUAUCAUUUCCCCAAAAAAGAAGGGCAGUGCCUUGGUUGAAUUUACCACUAAAGAAGCAUCUGAAAUGGCUGUCGAGCUAGAAAAAGGCUUGUCAGAAAAUCCUUUGACUUUGAAGUGGGUUAAUGAAAGACCUGUUCUAACUACAAAAAAGGAUGUAUGCAGUUCUUCACUAGUAUCAGAUAGAGAUUACGAGUCACUUGUGUUGACUAAAAUGAGACAAGCAGCUGAGCGACAGAGAUUAAUAGAAGAAAUGAUGAAAGAAGAUCAAGAUACUUGAUAAAGUAAUUUAUUGUUAUAAGGAUCAAAUAUAUUUUACAAAAUACACAAGCCUUUUUUAUCAUAUUGUUCAAUAAUAAAAAGUAUGGACAAGUCACUAUUACACAUGUUGAAUGUUAUAUUUAUGUUUUUGAUACCAAUGUACCAUAAUUUAUUUUAUAAAUGGAUCAAAAGGUUUCCACUCUUUUACGAAAUCUAAAACUUUCUUCCUUUGAACAUCACCAUAGUCCUUGCGAGGGUUUUUCCAUGUACUGUGUUCCAGGUCUAAUAUACCAGCUAUUACUUCCUGUAAAUUACAAAUGAUUAGGUUUUACAAAUUUUAUUACAUACAUAUUAUUUUCAUACACAUUUCAAAUGUUAUACAAGAUGACUUUGUCGUGCUAGACUAAGCUUAUAACCUUACAACCUUAUACUCCCUGCUGUAGGUAGUAGACUACCUACAACAGAGAAUAUAAGGUUAUAGACAUUACAAACAGCAAGGUAGUAUCAUAUAGGGAUGUAAAAUCGAUGGCAGAGGAUAGAUGUAAAUGGAGGCUGCUCCACCAACAAGAAUAAUGUUCAACAGAUUGUUAUGAAACCUGGUACUCUAUAGAAUAUAACAUGGAAUAACACAUGGGGUACUUUUUAUUCUGAAAUUCUCACGGGAACGAAACCCCGAGUCGUAACUAAUCAUUUAUAUUUAGUUAUCUUAAAUUCUUGAUGCUGAAUCAUAUUUGAAGUUGUGAACUGAAAAAGAUAUAUCAUAAUUUUAGCUUUGACAAACUAACCUCAGCAAAAGUUUUAGGGAACAACUGUUGGUCUUCUAUAACAUGUGCAAAUCCUGGAUCCAUUGCAAAAUCAAUCCAAAAAUAAGGCAAUCCUUUAGGAAUACCCUUCCGGAUAUCUUUUCCUUUUAGCUCAACUACUUUCUUAUUCAUGGACCACUCAGCUUCGCAUUCUAACAAUGCCUUUUUGAAGUAGAUGGCGGCUACAUCACCAACGUCUCUAGGCAUUGGCACGCAGUUUAUUACCAUAUGUGGAAAUCUGUGCAGUCUAGUUGCUGUCUCAUAAAAAACCACAUCCAUAUCUUGAGAGUUGAAGUAUUGUGUUAGUGCUUUUCUAUAAAUCUGUAGAGCAAAAAUUGCAUUUAUUAAAAGCUUUGAAUAAUAAUUGAAAUGUAUGCCCACUAAGGUGUAAGCUAAGUUGUUAUCAAAUAGCCAGAAUUACUCUAAGUGUAACCUUGAAAUAAAAAGUUCUCUUUUUUA